AUGGCUUUGAUGAAGAGUAUUACACUGAGACUUUUGGUGACAAUGGCUCUCUAUGGUGUUUGUUUUGGUGCUAUUUAUAGAGUUGGUGACUCUAAUGGCUGGACUUCUAGAUGCCUUGUUGAUUACAACGAGUGGGCUUCAACAAAGGACUUCCACGUCAACGACACCCUCAUAUUUACUUAUAACAGUCAAUUCCAUAACGUGAUGCAAGUUACCAACCAAGAUUUCCAAUCUUGCAACACAACCUACACCUCUGGCUCUGACACUGUCACCCUUAAUAGGUCCAGCCAUUUUUACUUUCUCUGUGGUACUCCUGGCCAUUGCCAACAUGGACAAAAAGUCAACAUCAACGUCACGCUGCCUAUAUCUGCAGAUGGUUCGUUUGCAAGCCCAAGCCCGGCACCUUAUGGAGCAUCGCCUUCUUCUGAAGUGUUGUUUCUAAGCAGUGCUCCUACUCUUCGUCUUUUGAAGCUUGAGUUCACCACUGUUGUGUUAUUUCAUAUAUCCAAUCCAAGUAACUGCAGUGUCUAUGGACGUAUGCAUGCAAGAGUUGGUGACUCUAGUGGUUGGUCUUCUAGAGGCCUUGUUGAUUACAACGAGUGGACUUCAACAAAAGACUUCCAUGUUGGCGACACACUCAUAUUUGCUUACAACAAUCAAUUCCACAACGUGAUGCAAGUUACUAACCAAGAUUACGAAUCUUGCAACCCUACCUCUCCGAUCGCAGUCUAUACAUCGGGAUCCGACACCAUUACCCUUGAAAUGCCCGGCAACUUUUACUUUUUGUGUGGUGCUCCUGGCCAUUGUCAAGCCGGACAAAGGGUUGAGAUCACGGCCACCCUACCUACACCAGAUGGCUCUUUUGUAAGUCCAAGCCCGGCACCUUAUGGAUCCUCACCUUCAGCUUCUCAUUCAGAAGUGUCUCCAAGCUUUGAUCAAAGUAGUGGUCCUGCUCCUCAUUCUGAAAUGAUGUCGCCAAGCUCAGCUCUAAGCAUUCAUUUUUCGAAACUUGGGUUGGGUGUCACCGUCUUUGUGUUAUCUACUCUUUUGGGUCUUGUAUUUUAG